AUCUGCAAUUUUAAUUCGAAAAGCGAGUCGCCUUCUGCUUGACAACCAUAAAAUUAUCUGUCUGCUGAUCGGAUCGGUUCGGUUCGGUUCGGUUCUCUCUCCUCGGACUGUUUUCAGUCAGUUAUAUUAACUUCACUCUGUGAAACAUGAACUACUCCAGAUUUUUGACAGCCGUGAGUGCAGCCCGGAAGCCGUCCCCCAUCCGUAUUCUGACUGAGCUCCAGCAGCGUUCUCCCCCUACCUUGAUUUCUCUUGCUGGGGGAGCCCCGAACCCUGACACCUUCCCUUUCCACUCCGCCAGCAUUAAAAUGAAGAAUGGAGAAACCAUUGAGUUUGAUGGGGCCAUGAUGAAGAGGGCUUUGCAGUAUUCUGGCUCUUAUGGUAUUCCAGAGCUGAUCUCGUGGAUGAAGGAGCUCCAGAAAAGGCUGCAUAACCCUCCAACAGCGAGCUUCAGCCCAGAGAGAGGACAGAUGGAGAUGUGUGUCACCACUGGCAGCCAGGAGGGACUCUGCAAAGUGUUUGAGAUGCUUGUCAAUCCUGGUGAUACUGUGCUCCUUGAUGCACCCACAUAUUCAGGAACUCUGGCAGCGCUCCAGCCGCUGGGCUGUAACAUCGUGAAUGUGCCGAGUGAUCAGUAUGGUAUGAUUCCGGACAGCCUUAGAGACAUUCUGGCCCAGUGGGACUCGCACAAACCUGACAGCACUACACCCAAAGUCCUCUACACCAUCCCUAACGGAGGCAACCCCACCGGAGCCUCAAUGACCUUAGAGAGGAAGCAGAAGGUCUAUGAGCUCGCAAAGAAGUAUGACUUUCUUAUCAUUGAAGAUGACCCAUAUUAUUUCCUGCAGUUUCAAAAGCCAUGGGCUUCUACAUUUCUUUCACUAGAUGUGGAUGGACGAGUUAUACGAACAGAUUCUUUUUCCAAAAUCCUGUCAUCAGGGUUAAGGAUAGGUUUUGUCACUGGACCAAAACCAUUAGUGGACCGUGUUGUACUUCACAUUCAAGCGUCCACCAUGCACACCAGCACCCUCACUCAGCUCAUGGUGUCUCAGCUCCUGCACGGCUGGGGUCAGGAAGGUUUCCUGAAGCACAUUGAUGGGGUUGUGGAGUUUUAUCGAGCCCAGAGGAAUGCUAUGCUCUCUUCAGCAGAUAAAUGGCUUAAAGACGUAGCAGAGUGGCACGCACCAGUGGCAGGCAUGUUCCUGUGGAUUAAACUAAAGGGCAUUAAAGACACACAGCAGCUUAUAAUGGAGAAAGCACUAGAGAAAGAGGUGCUUCUUGUUCCUGGAGGAGUUUUUAACAUCCACAGUUCAGAGCCGUGUCCCUACGUCAGAGCCGCAUUCUCUCUCUCGACACCACAACAGAUCGACGAGGCUUUCAAGAGACUCUCAGCUCUCAUCAAGGAGGCUCUGUGAGAAUGAUGUUUUUGCACACAGACACCUAGAUGACCUCUGCAAUGACCAAACUGGAAGUUUCUCACUGCAGUUGUGCGGACAAUUAAUCAUAAUGCCUUUAAACACACUACAAGUCUCAGCUGUCUUUCUAACUAUUAGUCAAGUCAGCUUUAUUGUCAAUACUACAAUAUGUACAGGACAUACAGUGUACUGAAAUUACGUUACUCUCAGACCCCAUGGUGUAACAAUAAGAUUGAAUAGAUUUUUUACAACACUAAUUGUAAAAAUAAACAUUAAUUGUAGAAAGAUUAGUAAAAAAUAAUCUAAGUAUAAGAGGUCCUGAUAUUAACACUAAAGUGACAUAAGGCACAUAAAGAUUAGGGUCUGUGGGUAUAAGUGGUGCAAAUUUAAACAGUAGUGCAGUUAGAAUGAGCUUAUGGAGCAGUUAAAGUGAUGAGUGCAUAGCAGAGUUCAGUGUUGGGGAGUGGGGGUCAGGAACCUUUGUUUGGGGGGGGCGUAAAGUGCGUAAAGUAGGGAGAGAGUUGAGCAUCCUGACAGCCUGGUUGAUGAAGCUGCCCCCAGUCUGAUAGUCCUGGCCCGGAGACUGAUGGCAGCAGGCUGCAGAAGCUGUGUAUUGGGUGAGUGUGAUCACCUAGCAAAGAUAGCAUUAGUUUUAAAGGGUUAAACCUAGAGAAACCUGUCUCACCUCAAGAAACAUUCAUUUUCUGUGAGUAAAUUUGCAUAUGAUUGCUGUCAAGACAAAACUUUAAAUCUCUCUGUUUUUUUUCCAUUAUUUCAAAUUGCCAGCUGCUCUUAACAUUAUGUGAAAGUUUAUAGUGAAUGGACCAAGAGAAAUGGUCCAGAGUUACUUGAAAUGAAAUCUUUUCAUGCUAAUUUCCAUGAAAAGUUAUGAAUGUUUCUCCUGUAAAGUUACUGUUUUAGAGAUACAAGGUUUUGUUCUGACAGUUCAGGUGGCAUUUACAGCUUGUUUAUAUGAUGAUUACGAUGUGUAUGUAAUAGUAAGUGAAGUAUUCUGAGAGUAAAUAAUAUAUUUGGUGCCAUAAAUUACAAAUUCUGUUAUUAUGUUUGGUAAAAAGGACACAUCUUUUACAGAGAACACACUUGUACACAAAUAAAACACACUGUGGCCUGUGCAAA